UAAAUUCGCGCGGAAAAACCACUAGUGAAAACAUAAAGUGAGCUCUCCCUCUCUCUGCACCAAUGGCUUCUCGCUUGUAUACAAACUCACCUCAAAACCUUCACUUUCUUGCUUCUCCCACUAAAACUCACUCUUUCAAAUCCUCCGUCAUCGUCCGUUGCGCAUCCAUUGCCACAUCACCCAACAGAUGGUCUCUCCAUGGAAUGUCUGCUCUUGUCACCGGCGGCACUCGAGGCAUCGGGCGUGCGAUUGUUGAGGAACUGGUCUGUCUUGGAGCAAAGGUUCACACUUGCGCUCGCAAUGAGACAGAACUCAAAGAUUGUUUGAGAGACUGGAACCGUUCGGGUUUCCAAGUUGAUGGGUCGGUCUGCGAUGUCUCUGAUCGAGCUCAGCGAGAGAGCUUGAUGGAAACUGUCUCCUCUCUCUUCCGCGGGAAGCUCCACAUCCUUGUAAACAAUGUUGGGACGAACAUCAGGAAACCAAUGGUAGAUUUCACUCCUGAAGAGUUUUCAACUCUCCUUUCCACGAAUUUCGAAUCGGUUUUUCAUCUGUGCCAACUUGCAUAUCCGAUGCUUAGAGCAACUGAGGCUGGAUGUGUUGUGUCCAUAUCCUCUGUUUCUGGUUUCGUCUCUCUCAAGAACAUGUCUGUCCAAUCUGCAACCAAAGGAGCAAUCAAUCAACUUACGAGAAACUUAGCUUGCGAGUGGGCUAAGGACAAUAUAAGGGUCAAUGCUGUUGCUCCCUGGUAUAUCAAAACAUCUAUGGUGGAGCAAGUUCUUAGCAACAAAGACUACUUGGAUGAAGUUUACUCAGUAACUCCUCUUGGUCGGCUUGGCGAACCGAGAGAAGUGUCUUCUGCUGUGGCAUUUUUAUGCUUACCUGCAUCAUCUUAUAUCACAGGGCAGAUUGUACGUGUUGAUGGAGGAAUGUCUAUAAACGGUUUCUCCCCACGACAUGAUUAGUCCACUCUUAUAACAUUUUUUAGUAUAUCUUUUUCGACUUGUGAAAGACAAUUCGUCAUAUGAGACUUUAACAGCUUUCUGCGUUCGGUGUUUCAUAAGAAUUGAAGUUUAUUUUCAUGUUAAUGACUUUUAUGAUAGCAAAAGUCUUCACUGUUUUGUUCAGUCUAUAGAUGGAUCCAGAGGUUGCUGUUACUAUCCAAGUUAUGCGCUUGUAGAUUGCUUCUUCUUUGUAACCUUUGCUAGGUG